AUGGCCCCAGUUAAGUCCCAAGAAUCUAUCAACCAGAAGUUGGCCUUGGUCAUCAAGUCUGGUAAGUACACCCUAGGUUACAAGUCUACCGUCAAGGCUUUGAGACAGGGUAAGUCCAAGUUGGUCAUCAUCGCUGCCAACACCCCAGUCUUGAGAAAGUCUGAGUUGGAGUACUACGCCAUGUUGUCCAAGACCAAGGUCUACUACUUCCAGGGUGGCAACAACGAGUUGGGUACCGCUGUCGGUAAGUUGUUCAGAGUCGGUGUCGUUACCAUUUUGGACGCCGGUGACUCCGACAUCUUGACUACUUUGGCUUAA